UUUAUUUACAGGGUGUUUCAUAAGAGGUUGGCAUAAAUUUGUUGAAAUCGGUUGAAAAAUAAAAUAAUUACAUCAGUUUUUGUUGGUGAAUGUUUAUGCUUUCUUUCAUGUAGAAAUUACAUUCUUAUGAAAUGUUCGUCUGAAGAGAUCCAAAAUAGAGUUUGCGAUGAAGAAGCUCAAAAUGAACUCUUUAUAUUGUUUCGACAUCAGAGACACCUAGAUUAAAAAAAUGAUGUAAUCUAGAUGAGGAGGUAUUUUUAUUGUCUCAUCAGGUGUACUACUAAGAGGAAGUGAACUAGAGCCGCUUUAAGCGGCUUAUAGACGGUGAAAGUAGAAACAGCAAGUUACUGGCGGCCAGUACUUGACAAUACGUCACUUUCCACCAAUUUCCAUUUACACAGGGAAAGUUAUUGGCAGCAAGUAUAUCGGUUGUACUGUCGGCCAGUAGGCCAGUCUAUUGUGAGAUCAUGUCGGAUUGUGAUGAAGAAUAUUGCGAAGCUUUUAAUGAAGCAAUUCAAGAAUGUGUUGUACUUUUAAGUGAAGAAUUGCGAUCUGUUUUGAAUAGGAAAAGAGUUUGGGUGAAGAAGUGGGUCGACAGGAGACAUGAAUUUGGUGCAUCUGCAACUCUUUUUCGCGAACUCGCAAUGGAAGAUCCUCUGGAUUUUAAAAAAACAUUUACGUAUGAGUGUCGAAAAGUUUGAGGAGCUGCUACAUAUGGUAGAACCCAUAAUUCGUAAGCAAAGUACUCCAAUGCGUAAAGCAUUGACCCCCAGACAAAAGCUUGAAACAACUCUGCAUUUUCUGGCUACAGGUGACAGUUUGCAGUCGCUAUCAUUGCUAUUUCGCAUACCAGCACCUACAAUUUCGAUUUUUUUACCUGAUGUUAUGAAAGCCAUUGUGACCUGCUUGAAGAGCUUUAUGGAGGUACCAAGCACUACACGUGAAUGGGAAAACAUACAAAGAAGCUUCAAUGUAAAAUGGAAUUUUCCAUCAUGCUGUGGAGCCCUCGAUGGGAAGCAUGUCGCGAUAAAAAGACCACCUGGAUCUAGCUCUGAGUUCUUCAACUACAAAGGAGGUUACAGCAUAAUUUUGCUGGCAUUAGUAGAUGCAGAUUACCGUUUUUUGUACAUCGAUGUUGGAUCAAACGGCAGAGCAAACGAUAGCAGCGUCUACCGACUAUCUUCACUAAAGAGAGCUAUGGAUUCAAAUCAGUUUAAUUGGCCGAAUGACUAUGUAAUAGUAGCAGAUGAUGCCUUUCCACUCAGCAUAAAUGUGAUGAAACCCUACUCUAAAAGGAACUUGACACUAGAAGAGCGUUUAUUCAAUUACCGCUUAUCACGGGCUCGUAGGGUUGUUGAAAACGCGUUCUGUAUUUUGGCAUCACGGUUCAGAAUAUUUGAGAAAUCCAUCGAUCUCAACCUUCCAACAGUAGACUUGAUUGUUCAGUGCACAUGCAUACUUCACAAUUGGUUCCGCACUACAUCGUCCACAACUUAUUUGGAAAAAGGAAGCGUUGACAGAAACGGGGGUCAUUCACCCUGGAAGGUGGCGGUCAACCCCCACUUCUUUGCCGUCCUUGACCGUUGACCGCUCAACAAACCCUUCCUCUAAGAGUGCGUCUGAUAAAAGAGACAAGCUUGCUACCUACUUCAUAGGUCCUGGUUCCGUCCCCUGGCAAAAACAAUCGAUUGGAUUUGAAUAGUUGAAAAAAGAAGACAAUCAUGAGUUUCUUGUAAACAUAUUGAUUUCUUAGUGUUUCAUUAAAAUAUGUACCGUUGUGCAUUUGUAGUAAAUAAAUCAAAUAUAUUAUUACCUUGUA